AUGGGAAAUUGUUUUAAGUCAUCAAGAAACGACAAUGUUUCUUUAAUUAGAGGAAAUGAUCGUGCCGAUGCUAGACAUGGACCAACUCCAGCCAGCGAAGCAAGACCAGUUGCCUAUGAAGAUUUGCCAUGGAUGCCCACCUAUCACCCAUCGCCUGGGGUCACGAGACCAGCCAGCCAGAUGACAGAGGAGGAUCAAGUGAAAGUCGCACAGAAGUUAGGCUUGAUCAGCCAUCUCCCUGUUGGCACUUAUGAUGGUACUAAUAAGCAGGCUAAGGAGUGUGUGAUCUGUAUGAAUGAGUUUAUGCUUGAAGAGCAGCUCCGCUACCUUCCCUGUAUGCACAUCUACCACAAGGACUGUAUCGAUGACUGGCUGAUGCGAUCAUUCACCUGUCCCAGCUGCCUGGAACCGGUCGAUGCCGCCCUGCUGACAUCAUACCAGACUGGUUGA